GAAUAUGCAGUGAAGCAUUAGCAUGGGACUUCCAUGUAAAGUCAGUUUAGUUGGGACUUGGCAGUACACGAAUCAAGUUGAAAACAUGAGGCACUCGGGCUUUGUGCUGAUCAUUUUGUAUCUUUUUCACCAAGGGAUACCCUCACUCGCCAGAGGAUACGAGGAACAACAUUUGGCGCAGGAUGCUAGCAUCGCGGAGCAGUGCAAUGGAUAUUGUUUCUCAGUUCUCCAGUCCUUCCUCGAUCAUUUUACCCAGUUGAAAAUGGCAGGUGAUGCCAAUAAUGAAAUGAAAAACGAAAUUCACUCAUUGAAGGCCACCGUCAACAAUUUGCAGAGCCAGUUACUAAAUGGUGUCGAGCAAAUGACGGGCCUCAAAGAGCAGGUGAAGGAGAUUUCUGCAGUGAAAGUUCAUCAAACGGCGGAGAGUGUCACGAAACAUGUCCCAAUGGUCCCUCAAGUGGCAUUUUCCAGAUAAAGAUUGAGGCAAUAAAGGAGCCGUUCCAAGUUCCCUGCGUGCCUUUUUCGUCUGGCUGGAUGGUCAUUCAAAGGCGCAUCGAAGGAAGUACGGACUUUAAUCGCACCUGAAACGACUACAAACUAGGCUUCGGAAACCUCCGAGAUAACUUUUUCCUGGGACUCGAAAAAAUCCAUCUAAUGACCAAAAACCAAAACCACGAGCUGUUCAUCUAACUUCAAGAUAUUGCUCAUUACACGGAUUUUAAAAUAGGGAGCGAAAAGGAAGCCUACAAGCUGAAAUCAGUGGGAAAAUAUUCUGGAACAGCCCGGAGAUUCACUAACUGAACAUCACUUGAAUAUGAAGUUUUCCACAUUGGAUCGGGAUAAUGACAUUGAUGAGGAUCGAUAUUGUGCUGAUGUUCUGGGAGGUGGUUGGUGGUUUCGCGAUUGCGCACAAAGUUCCCUCAACGGAAAAUAUUAUGCAGAUGGUAAAAGUGCACCAAGUAAACGUGACGGAAUUCUUUGGGGUAGUUGGCAGCACUAUGACUACACUAACUCGCUUACACGUACCCAAAUGAUGAUAGGGCCAACAUCCUAUCAUAGUUAAAUCAAUGUUGAAACACAAUUUUAGCCAGUUUUUAAAAAAUCCCUUCUUAAAAUACCCUUAGUCGCAGUCGAAACGUUAGCAAAAACGAAAACUGA